UCAAAAUAUAAUAUUCAAACUUCUACUUCGGCUCUCUUGAUUCUAUACAGCCCUUUCACAUAGUAUCUAAAUCCUCGUAGUCUCAAGCAUGAAUUUAACUGCACGCGUUACGGUACAGUAAAUGGAUUUCUAGAAUAGAGAAUCCCCAUACACAAACACUAUGAGCAACGCAACUGUACAUAACAUCACGGAUGAGGGUUCGGAUAUAACCUUGCGCCGACGCUCUGAUUCAGUGGAGGAUCAAUCUACUGAUAAGGGAAUAAAUUCUGACGAGGAGAUAAAUAUACCCAAGAUAGGAUCAACACAGAGGAAGGAGCGGAAGAAAGUGUUGAUCAUAUAUGUCGGCGGCGUUCUCGGAAUGGAAUACUCCACAGACGGCUCUUUUUUCAUAAGACAAGGGAUGCUGACCAACAGACUGAUGAAUGAUGCUGAUUUUAUGACCGAUGAUAUGCCACAAAUCACAGUCAAUGAGUGGGUGCCCGCCAUCCUGUCAUCGAAUAUGUCUACAAGCGAGUGGGUCCGUUUAGCAGAAGAGAUCACGGAUGCAUACUAUGACUACGAUGGAUUUGUCGUAGUGCACGGUACGGAUACCAUGGCAUACACUGCCACCGCUCUGAGUUUCAUGCUGGAGUCUCUGGGCAAGCCCAUUAUCUUCACAGGCUCUUGUAUACCCUUUUGCGAUGUGCACAGUGACGCAAGGAGGAAUCUGAUUGUGAGCUUGGAUUAUGCUUGUGUAGAUUAUCUGUGUGAGGUUUGCAUCUUUUUCAACAACACCCUUCUGAGAGCCAACCGGGCCACCAAGCACAACACCGGCAGCUUGAAUGCUUUCGAGAGCUUCAACUAUCCACCGUUGGGUGUACUUGGCGUACAUUUGAAGCUCAAACGAAGCCUGUUACUACCUACGCCCAAGACGCGCUUCAGGCUGCACACCAAGAUGGAUAAGAAUGUGCUACAGCUGCGCCUGACGCCUGGAUUCUCCGAUCGGCUCAUACAGAACGCCUUACAGCCCCCAUGCCGAGGGGUCGUGCUACAGAUAUACGGAGCAGGGCAGUACCCGGACAAACAAAACUUGUGGUCGAUACUCAACUCGGCCGCCAGCCACGGUGUGAUCGUAGUGCUUAUCUCCCAGUGCCACGUAGGAUAUGUGGACUUCGCGAACAACUGGGAGUUCAAUUCUCUCAAACACACCAACUUAGUACAAGGGGGCGAUAUGACGAGUGAAGCUGCGUGUACAAAGCUCGCGUAUCUCUUAGCGCUUGGUCUACCGUUCUUCGAGGUGAAGAAACUGAUGCGCACGGAUUUGAGGGGAGAGCUGAACACAGAUGCAGCCAAGGAUGUCAUUGAUUCGCUGAGUUUGCACCGGUCUUCGUUUAUGAAGGACGAUGAUAUGCCUUCUAUGGUAAAUAAACAGGUGCUGUACGAACAACAAGUGGACGUACCAGAGGAGUUCGUAUUGCCGGACUCCGUUGCAUCCCUGAGUCUGAAGACGAAAUUGAUCGACUAACCAUAUUGUAUAUCUAUAGAAUGCAUUCCUUUAGGCGCUUAAUAUUAAUAAAAAUUUGGUUGUUGAC